GUUAACUAGUCAGUCAGUCGGUUAGUGUCACGAAAUCGAUCAAACCCGUCUCAUCCUCGUCCUCAUCCGAGCAGGCGAACCGCGUGUUAUCUCCUCCCAUCGCCGCCUGCUUGUUAAAUUUAAAAAGUCCGCAAAAUCCGUUCAACUGAUACCUACCGUCGUGUCUUCGAUAAGAUAAGCUAAAGAUAGUCGGAAUCGUCGGUGGAGGUCACCAGAAUGAAUCGUCGUCCUCGAACCGCAAUCACUUUCAAUCGGAGCUCCCAGCAACAGCAGCAGCAGCAGAACGGCACCGGAAUGUCCUCCAUCGAGCAAGAAUCCAACGCUCCACCCCCUUCCGAGCCCACCCUGGUGACGGUCCGAGCCCUGGAACGGUACGAGAAGUCCUCCCCGGUGAGCAGCAGUUCCGAUCGAACCUCGACGACGUACACAACCAACAAGCCGGAACCGAGCACCGGUCGCCAGGAUUCGGCCAGUUCCUCGCUGGGGGACAAACGCAAAUCGGUCGUCUACAGUGAUGCCAACUUCAGCAUCACGCUCCACCACUACGACAGCAUCAUCAGUGAACUGAAAUGUCCAGGAUGUGCCCAGGCAUUGUACGGACCGAUCUACUUGUGCCAAACGGGACACAGCAUCUGUUCGCAGUGUUCCGGCCGGAUCAGCGCUUGUCCGCUCUGCCGGAAGAAGCUGACCGAAAUGCGAAACUACACGCUGGAAGCGAUUGCGGCCAAGGUGCACUUCCCCUGUACUCAUGCGGCGCGGGGCUGCACGGUGCGGUUGCCGCUGGAGCUGCUCUGGUGGCACAAGGAUCGCUGUGGAUAUAAGCAAAUCGAGUGCUUCAUGGGUAAGGUGUGGGAGGACUGCUCGUGGCACGGUUGCGAGAAGGACUGGAUCGGCCAUUGCGUAACCGAGCACCAAGACAAGGUGUACAACCUGCCGGACAUUGUACUGACGUGGAACUACGCGGCGGACAGUCAGCGGUGCAUUGCGCUGCAGUCGGUUAUCGCCUACUACGUGAUUCGGGCGUACGGCGAGUACUUCAACGUGUACCAGAUCUACGACCAGAACAGUAGGCGUACGAUUUGGACGGUGAUUUGUGCAUCGAAGGAGGCCAAAACGAGCCACCGGUUUGCGUUCGAGCUGGAGCUCUAUUCGCCGAUUGAUAGCUCGAAGCUGUUGGUUCAACGGUUCCCGUGCCACUCGGAAAACGACGCGGACUUCUUGAAGGAUGGGAACUGUGCCAAAAUUCCACUGGAGGAGGCGAUACGGUUCAUGACGAAGGAUAAGAUCCUGUACUACCGGAUCCGGAUUGUCGAGGUCACACCAUGUCGCAGUCGCAGCUUGGUCCUCAUAAGCCCAUCACAUAAACUAAUCAACCCUACACCGUCGAUCGCUCAGCUGCUACCCAUUGAUUACAACGUCACCAAAAUCGAAAACGUCAACAUGAAAGCCGUCCCGGAGACGGAUAUCAUUGUGCGGGGUUCUUCACUGUCUGACCUCAGCAAAAUUUCAUCCGCCGAUCAGGUCACAAUCCAAUCAACGUCUUCUUCCUCUUCGUCGAACUCAUCGACCCUGCGAGAUCCAACCGAGGCAGAUCUCCCGGAGGAAGAUCAGGACCUUGACGCGAAAAAUGCCCUGAACCGAGCCAACUCGCUCCCGAAACCUCCCCGCGUCCAGAUCCGAGUGGAAUCGAAAACCGAACACCAGGAACAGCAGCAGGAGCCACAGCAGUUGGUCCGAUGUCGGCUGGUGGAACGCCAGGAGAGCAUCAAAAUGCAACCCAUAUAUACGGGGAAUGGGGCUGCUGCCACGGCUUCGUUGUCUUCCAAGCGUGAAUCGAAGACGAAGGCGUCCACCGAGAGUCUGAAUUUGAAAGGGUUGUCCAAGUUUUACAACAUUACCAGUUACAAGGCGUCCAAGCUGUGGAACAAAAAAUCGCCCAAAGCGAGCGAUUAAGGACGAUUUUGGUUCGUUGCAGUACGAACACUUUCUUGAAUAAACUUAUGUAAUUUAUUGUAUUAACGAAGACUUAGAGUAGAUAAGGUGUUCUGAAUAAAUUUUCACUGUUGAUUAUGAUG